AUGAAAGGUGACAAUUCCUCUUCACCAUUUGAUACUGUUUGUCAGGCAGAUAAUAACGACCCGAAAUUUUUAAAUGAUUACCAGAAUUCUACUACUAGAGUUCUAAUCUUCCCACCAUUUAAUAGUUACCAUAGAUUACUGGUACAUAAAGUGAUAGAAGUAUCUCCAGUCUUACAUAGUUUUUCUAUUGGAGAAGGGGACCAGAGACGUACUGUUGUUUGUUUACAUCAAGCAUUGUUAAGUGGAGAAGACAGAGGUGAAUUAAUGUCCUCUCCAAUCCCUGAAUUCUCUGAUAAGAGUAAGGGGAGAGGGAGGGGCAGAAAUCUUGAGAGGAACUCUCCUUCACCAGUUGGUAGAAGAGAGGAGAGUCAGUCAUCAAGCCCUGGGGGUACUCCACGUGCAGAUAGUGAUGUAAAAGUCAGAAGUAGACCAGCUGGCAGAGGAAAAGCAAGACGUCCAGAAAUUCAGAGAUAUGUACCUCGUGGACGAAGACAGCAGGGAGAAGACACAAAUAGCCAGAGACAGAAUGACACAUCAGAUAAAAAGAGUGAUUCUCCAAAAUCAAGGGAAACAAGAGACAAACCAGUAAUAGGAGGUUAUGAAUCCCCAACAAAUAGGAGGGAUGAGACCCCUGAAAGCUGGGAUAGGUUAGCUGAUGAUGACUUAAUCGAAGACAAACCUGCUGUUGAACUUGUAUCUGAAUCUAAUUUCUCUCCUGCCUCCAAGAAAUCCAAAACAGAUGCAGAGUCAGAUCAUUGCAUUGAGUCUGCCAACUUGCAGAGUGAAAAUUCAGUACCGCGUCAAACAGAUGAUCAGUCCGAUGUUUUACCCUCUGCCUUACCUACAGUACUAGCUCACCCACAGUCUUCUUCAAUACCUCAAAAUAGCUCAGCUUCUGAUGAUUCAGCUACCAAUGCAACACAUAUCCCAUUGACUUCUAUAGAACAUGACCCACAAAUGCCACCUCAGAAUUCCAACGAACAUAGUUCAGUUUCCAGUAAUGUGCAUUUGAACUCCCAACUUCAGGAAGUAAAUGACGAUAAAGCUAAUUGUCAACAAAUGGGUUCAGAUAAUCCCUGCACAGAUAGGAAUACCAUUGUGGCAAUAGACAAUGAGAGCAGCGAUCUGAAUGAGGUUACAACAGUGAUUGAAGAUAAUAAACAAAGUGAUACUGCAAUGGAAACUUCUUGUGACAUGGAUACAUCUGAAAAACCAAACACUGAAUCUGAUAUAACAGCAGUAGCAGAGUCUAAUCUAGAAGAUACUACUGAGAUAACAGAAGUGGCAGAUCCUAUACCAGAUGCUACAUUUGAGAAGGACCAGCCUCCAAUGUCUACUUCCCCUGCAAGAGCAGUUGCUACUGAUAUGGAGCUUUCUAACACCGCCAUUAUUGACAAUGCAGAUAGUGUUGAAACUAAGUCUGAAAGUACCACCAUUGAAUCAACAAUAGUCCAUCCAGCUCCUGAACAUGAAUCAAGUUUAGUUUUAGCUUCUGAUGAAACUUCAAACAUUUCUGAAUCAUGCCAAGAUGUCAACUGUCCUGCUGAAACUCAAAAAGAUUCUGAAACUGACAGUUCGAAGAAGACGAAGAAAAAGAAGGAUAAGAGCAAGAAGAAGGGUGAAAAAAAGAGUAAAACAGAUAAUGAUGAUGAAACUGUUGAUAAACCCAAAAAGAAGAAAAGCAAAGCUGAUAAAACAAGGCAAAUCUCCAAAAAUGACAAUGACAAUGAUAUCAAAAAUCUUGAAACAGGAAAUGAGGUGAAAGGUCAACGAGUCUGUAAUGAUGAGGAAGGGGAAGAAAAGAUGAAGACAGAUAAUGCAGAUAAUGAUGAUGAAGAUGAUUGGGAUAAGAUGUUUGAUGAUAAUGGUGAUUGUUUAGAGCCUACACUUAUAGAUGAGUUAACAUCUCAUGUUGGUCAGGUAGCAAUAGAUAAACCUAAGGUAGAUUAUUUAGCUUAUCAACCAAAAGAUGCUGAUUUAUCUUCUAGUGCAUAUCACCAUUUAAUAGAAAUUUAUGAUUUUCCAACAGAAUUUGUAACAAGUGAUUUACUCAUGUCUUUUAAAGCUUACAUGAACAAGGGAUUUGAUAUUAAAUGGGUGGAUGAUACACAUGCUAUUGGUGUAUUCGCUAGUGCAGUUGCUGCUCAGGAUGCUGUAAAAAUGAUCCAUCCAUUAUUUAAAGUUCGUCCAAUAGAAAUGGCUUCUAAACAAUCCAAAUUAAAAGCCAAGAGAACGGCAGAAUUUCUAAUGCCAUAUAAAGAAAGACCAAAGACUACAGCAAUGGCUGCUAGAAGACUGGUGUCUGGUGCUUUAGGUUUAACAUCUAAAGUGUCUAAAGAAAAAAGUGACCAAGAGAGAAGUCAACUGAAAGAAGCCAAAGAGAAAAGGAAGAAUGAGAGGAAAUUAAAACAGGAUAUCUGGGAUGGAAGUGUAAGUAAAUGUGCUAUGGAUAACAGUUGAUGUUGAUUAAAAUAACUUGUACCUGCCUGACACUAAACAAGCUCAAGAGUUGAGAACUACCUGAAACUGCUUCAGAUCUGUCAAGAAAACAGGGAAGUUGCUGAUGGAAUUGUUAAAAAAUUGAAAUGAAAGGACUGUUAUUGUUCUGAAGAGCAGAUAUCAGUGAUUAUUUUAUUUAUUUCCGACAUGACAGAAGAUUGUAGAUCUGCAGACACCAACGAAAAGAUUCAGAUGAAUAUUGACAUGACACAUAUGAUCAUAUAUAAGAGGUGUAAUAAUAAUUGCUCCUUGAGCCAGUGUAGAAAAUGGUUUUCAAUAAUCCGACUCCUACAAAAGGAAGGAAAAGGUAACUCUCAGUUGUGUUUUUUUUACAAUGAAUAGUGUUCAUUGGAAGGAGUCAGAUUCCUUGCUUGGUAAUCAGAUAAGAGCUAUACGUCUUGGUUAGGGUGAACUUAAAACAAAAUAACAGUAUGUUUACUUGAGCAAGAAUCCAUCUUAUAUUGUCUGAUUAAAUGGUUCUGAUUUAAAAGAUCAACUACAAAAUGGGCAGUGUUUACCGAUUGGUUAUUCUUAUCAUAAAUGCAUUUACUUUAUAUGUUUUUUCUGUCCUAAAUUCAUAUUUUUUUUGGCAACAUUAACCACAACAAAUUAGUGAUUCUGCUAUGUCUGUGUGUAAUUUUAUUUACAGUAAGUAACCUUGGAAAGUUUUUGUUUGUUUAAAUGUAAAUCCUUCACAUUUUUGACUAAAAUAUAUCUUGUCAUUUGUACAUUUAAAAGAUGAAUUUCAUUGUUUUUGAUUGUUUGAGUAUAUUUUUGUAUCAUAUUCAGAUUGCUUGCAUUUUCUUUUUUCAAAUUUUGAAUGAAAUUUGAUUGCCAAACUUUUGUUUGUCGUAAUUGUUAUAUUUAUAAAAGAAAAGUUGAAUGAAUUAUCAUUUUUUUUAUGCAUAUGAACUUAUUUCUAUUGAUUCAAUUAUCCCAUGUUUAUUCAUCUUCAUAAUUGUCAGGAGUUUGUUUUACCAUGACCGUGUUGAAGAUGAUGUAUAUUGUACAUGAUAUGAUAAAAACUUUUCAGGUUUCUUCUUGCAUGUUGAUUGAUACAGUUUUGUCUGGUUUUUAAAAAAAUAUUGUAACCCUUCUAAAGCUCAUCUUGUCUAAAUGGACUGCCAAAGAAUAAUAAAAUUAUUUUAUGUGUAUUUUGUGUAAAAGAAUGAAAUGCUUCGUGUUGUAAAUUUGUAGAUAAUAAAUUAUACUAAAU